AUGGCUCACCCGCAAACGCCCUCCACGUCGCUUGAGGACAAAAAAUUAGAAGUCUCUGCAUCCAAGGAAGGGACAGGACUUCCUGAACUAAGGGAGAAAAAAAAUACGGUGGAUCGUUCAAAACCCCUUCCUACUUCCCUUCAGAAUGAGUUCAUCCCUGAAGAAGUUCUUCUUUCUCUGACCUAUGCAGCCAGUGCUGGUCCUUGUCCUGAAUACUUAUUGCCUCCUAAGAAAAUUAAAACCCCAAAGGGCACCCUCCCGCGCCCUGUGGAUCAUGUCUGGCAUCACCCUAUUCGAAGGAAUAAAUUCAGAUAUCUGAUUGACCAUCCCGUUUCCCUAACGGGAGCUGGAAGGGAUAUUUCUUUUCUGUAUGAUGUUAAGUUUGUUAAAGGAAAGACCAGGGAGGGUGCGCUUUGUCCCCCACGUUCGGACCAUUCAUUACAGUCACAUGAUGGUGUCAUUGUGCCUCAUAAGCCAAAGAAACUAACAGAUACUUUGAUUCCUGAAGAAUUUCAUAUUGUGUCAAAUACGGGAGUCUCAGGUUUGGAGUGUUAUGAUGACAAAUAUACUACUCUCCUCAAAGAUAGUGAAAACAGGCUAUUGCUCUUCCCAUCCAUGAAGCCUAAUAAAAGAGUGGAAGUGACACGGCUGAAUGAUGUGAUGGACACUAUGCUGGAGAGGGCUGGUGCGGAAGAUCAGGAAUAUACAGGGCCGACCAAGAUGCACAAACUGCUACAUAUACUGAAGAAGGAACAGACUAUUUACAAUACAGUGUUUCAUGAACUUAUUCGGCAAGUCAGUGUAGACUGUGCAGAUAGAGGAGAACUCCUGUCCAAAAUCAGAGAGCGGUAUGUACAAAUGCUUGACCAAAUUGCCCGGCAGAUGAUUGACUUCUACAAAGACUUGGUGACUCAGCGAAUGAUGGACCAGCGCAUUUUACAAGAAUUGUACAAUUUUAAGAAUGUUAUUGAGGAACUGACCAGGGAGCUGUGUUUGGUUCGGGCACAUGAUGUGAAAUUAGCAAAGGAAGCAGAGAAGGCCCACAAGGAUUUGGCACAAGCUCUUUUAGAUGCUGAAAAAAAUGCCAAGAUUGUAGAAGAAUACCAUGACUUGUAUACAUUACAACGAGGAAGGAUGGAGAAUGAUAUUAAACAGUUAAUGGCAGAAAGAGAUAUCUGGAGCUCAGCCACAUAUGAAUUGGCCCUAAAGGUAAUUGAAAGAAAUAGGGUCCUAUUGGCUAAAAGACUCUACCUCAAUGAGAAAGGCUGGAGGAAAUACGCUAAGCAUUUCAUCACACUGCUGUCGAGCAAGGACACUUCAGACCUUGUAUUGUUGCAGAACUUGACACAGAAAUGGAAAAAUUUAGUGAGUAAAUUUAAACAGGAAGUGGAAGAGAAUGAAGAGUCUACAAGGGAGAAAUUGCAAGUCAUUAAGGAUUGCCUUACCGAAUGGCAGCAGUUCUUCAGAAAUAAUAAUGGAAAAGACAGUUCAUCCCUUAAUAAAGAAAAAAUAUUUGAAUCAGUUAUUCUAGACUUCAGGCAGUGGCAAAAGAUACUUACUGAAGAAAAAGAGAAGUUUACUGGGGACUUUUUAGUGUCAAAACACGACUCUCUCAAGAUUAUUAAAUAUUUACAGGAAAACUGGACAGAUAUCGGCUUUAGGAUAUUUCGUCGCCAUAAAAGUAUGGAGGGAGAGAUGCCGCCAGAGCACCAACAGAUGGGGGAAAUUGUGAAAAGCAUAGGAAAACUCUACAAAGAACUUGAAUUAAGAAUAAAUGGGGAAAAUGGUAUCUCUAGAAUUCUUACGAGUUUGAUUAGUUCUACUGACUUCUGUUCUUUUAAGAUGGAAAGCCUCCUGGAGCUUCCUGAAACGUUUCCUGAAGAAUGGGAGGGACUUAAUGAAAAAAUUAAUGAAAUGAGAUCUCAGUUGGAUACAUCGUUAAACAUUAUUGGCACUGUUCCACAGUACUUAGACACAGAUUCUGGCUCGGUGCUUGAAGCACAUAUAUUUAACAUGAUUCAACAAUGGCAUUUGAAGAUAGGCAAUGAGAUUACCAAUGGUAACAUUGAACUUCAGCGCCGUGCAGAUGAAUUGCAUAUAUCUAUGAUCCAGUGGGUGGUGAAUUUGCUGAUAUUAAUGGUCCCUGACUUUCCUGACCAAGACACUCUCCUAGAGUUGGAGGAGAAAAGUGCUGAAAAACGUGACAUAGGUAUUGUGACGCUAGAGAUAGAUGCGGUUGCCCUGACAAAAAAGUUGUCCAAGUACUCCAGCUAUUUGAACAGUUCUUGUAAAGGGAUGGUAACAGCGAUGGCUCUGAGUAUAGCCGGCAGCUUACAAAAAAAUCCUGCUAAGGAGCUCCACGAUCUAAAUAACAUGAAGAAAGAAUGUUAUGAGUGGAUCACUACAUGCUCUCACCUCCUUUCUGGGAUGAAAGGCAAAAAAAUAAGGUUAUUGACACCUAAAGAAAAGGAACACCUGCUUGAAGAAGAGGACAUUAUAAAAGAGUACAUUGAACCUGAAAUCGACGUGCAUUUUGAAGAGGAUGAAGAAGGAAGUGAGAAGGAUAAGAAAUUUGAGGAAGAACAGGAAGAAGAACAAGCAGAAAGAGCUGCGACGUCUACAGAGAGUGAAAAACUCAUUCGAUUCAUUGGAGAAGACGAAAAUGUUCAUUCCAAACCUCUUUUUGAAAAGGAUAUGUUAUCUUCCUGGAGAAAGUCAGCUCAUCAAGGCACAUUGGCCCCAAAGUAUCUUGAAGCAAUGGCUGUGAUCGAACACACACAGGAGAAGUUAAUAGAGGUUCAAGACCGAGCCAGACGAGCAGAGCAGAAGUUUGAUGAGGUAAAGGAGAAAUUUCAUUUAACCCUCAUGAGAAAUAAAGAACUGGAGAAGGAACUGGAGGAAAUAUUGAUGAAGUCUAAAGAGAAGGAGACUGAAGGAGGAGAAGAAGAAAAUGAAGGAGAAAGAGAAGGGGAAGAGGACGACGAAGAAGAAACCGGGCCAGCAGGAAGUUCCUCAAAACCUCUGAAGAAAGGGGCGCAGCGCAAGGAGGGUUCUCUCACCAGCAAAUCCAAACCCCGGACUAAAUCCAAUAGUAAGACCAAGCCCAAGUAG